AUGACGAUGAGAACAUUGCUUUAUUGUUUCAGGUUGAUGGAGAACUCCACCUACAACAGCCUGAUACUGCGGUUGGAAGGGUUGAAUGUCUCAAAUGAAUCGAUCUAUCCAGUCUUUCUCUUUUUCUUUUGCUCCUAUCUGUUUAUACUGGUAGCUAACAUAGGCAUCCUGGUGCUGGUUCUCACUGACAAAAACCUUCACCAGCCAAUGUUCCUCCUGUUUUGCAACCUUCCACUUAAUGAUGUACUUGGAAACUCCAUCAUGUUGCCCCGGUUGCUGUCAGACAUCCUGCGUCCUCCCUCCGAGCGCCUCAUCAGCUACUACGAGUGUGUGCUGCAGGCGUUCACCUCUCACAUGUUCGGCACCACCUCUCACACGAUACUGAUGAUCAUGGCCUUUGACAGAUACGUGGCCAUCUGUAAUCCUCUGCGUUACGCCACCAUCAUGACCAACAAGAUGGUGGUCAAGCUGACCGUGUCUGCCUGGGGCGUGGCCUUUGUUCUGGUGGGGAUUCUGUUGGGUUUGACCUUAAGACUGAACCGAUGCAGGACAGUGAUCACAAAUCCGUUCUGUGACAACGCCUCACUGUUCAAACUCUCCUGUGAGAGUUCUUUUAUUAAUAACAUCUACGGCCUCACGUUCACCGUGGUCCUGCUCUCUUCUUCUAUCGGCAGCAUAGUUCUCACCUACGCUAAGAUCACAGUCGUGUGUGUGACCAGUAAGAGCAAGUCUCUGAACAGUAAGGCCCUGAAGACCUGCAGCACCCACCUGACGGUGUAUAUGAUCAUGAUCUUUAGUGGAAUGUCUUUAAUUACUCUGCAUCGCUUCCCUCAGUACUCUGACUACACGAAACACUCCGGCAUUUUGUUUCACAUCGUCCCAUGCAGCCUCAACCCCGUCAUCUACGGAGUCCAGUCCAAAGAGAUACGAAGAUUCUUGUCAAAAUUGUAUGAGCACAAGAAAAUUUGA